UGGGCUGGGGAGGCCCAAGGUCAGGGGCAGCCCCGACACCACAUCCAGCCACACGGGUGACCACGCUCGCACUCGUCCCGCCGCCUCCGGCGUGCAGAGCUCCCCUCGCCCGGCCCCGGCCCCGCGCUGCCCGCAGGGAUGUGGCUGUACCUGGCGGUGCUGGUGGGGCUGUACCUGCUGCGCCGGUGGCACCGGGAGCGGCAGCGGGUGCCCGACCUGGCCGAGAAGUACGUGCUGAUCACGGGCUGCGACUCGGGCUUCGGGAACCUGCUGGCGCGGCAGCUGGACGCCCGGGGGCUGCGGGUGCUGGCGGCGUGCCUGACGGAGCCGGGGGCCGCGCAGCUGCGGGCGGCCGCCUCGUCCCGGCUGCAGACCCUCCUCCUGGACGUCACCUCCAGCGAGAGCAUCGCCGCCGCCGCCGCCUGGGUCGAGGGACGCGUCGGCGACAGAGGGCUCUGGGGGCUGGUGAACAAUGCGGGCAUCGCCAUCCCCACGGCCCCCAACGAGUGGCUGCGCAAGGAGGACUUUGUGCGGGUGCUGAACGUCAACCUGGUGGGGCUGGUGGAGGUGACGCUGAGCCUGCUGCCCCUGGUGCGGCGCGCCCGGGGCCGGGUGGUCAACGUGGCCAGCACGGCCGGGCGGCUCGCCUUCUUUGGCGGCGGCUACUGCCCCUCCAAGUACGGCGUGGAGGCCUUCUCCGACAGCCUCCGGCUGGAGAUGCGCCACUUCGGGGUGAAGGUCUCCAUCAUCGAACCAGGCUACUUCAGCACAGCCAUCACCAACUCCCAGAUCCUGGAGGAUAAUUUCCGAUGCAUCUGGGAGAAGGUUUCGGAGGAAACCAGAGCCAGUUACGGAGAGGCUUACUUCAAGAGCUUUUUAAAGUCAGUCCAGGGGCUGCAGAAGAUGUGCAACACCAACCUGUCCCUGGUCACGGACUGCAUGGAGCACGCGCUGACCAGCCGGCAUCCCCGCAGCCGCUACUCGGUGGGCUGGGACGCCAAGCUGCUCUACCUGCCCCUCAGCUACCUGCCAUCGGCCUGGGCGGACGCUGUGCUCGCCCAGUCCUACCCCAAAGUCACCUAGAGAGCGGGGACGCGCCGUGGGCGGGAGCAACCCGGGCCAGCCACGUCGGCGGGGGCCUGGCAUCUCUGCAAAGGCGCCUGAAUUUCCAGUUAUUUGAUGCAUGUCUCACGACAACAAGCUGUUGCCUGCUAGCGACCUGUCCAGACCAGUCAGUCCCACUCCUGGCCCAGCAGGACCUGGUUUCCAGCCUUGCCGGGGGCACCGGUGGCUGCCGCGGGAGAGCCCGGGAUGGACAGCGUCAGGAGCGGUGAACCCUGAUGCAUGUUGAUGGGGGGGGGGGGCCCUCAUGGUCACUUUUGCCUCGAUGACUCUUUUCUGGCCCAUUUGCUGGGUGUCGGGGUUUAACACGUGAAUAAAAGCAAGACGCGUGCA